AUGCAAUAUAGACUUGUAUUUCUUAUUUUUCCUGUUGUGUUAACAAUAUCUGUUGUUUCUGGACAAAUAAACAUCUGCAAUCCAAAUCCAUGUUAUAACUCUGGCCGAUGUAUAUUAAUUAAUGGAAAUACUGAUUAUUAUUGUAUAUGUCCAUCCAAUCUUCCCCUCGGUGGUAAACGAUGUGAUAUGCUGAUUUCCGAAACAACAACGACAACAAUGAUGCCAACUACAUUAUUUACACCAUCACCAUGUGCAUCGAAUCCAUGUUAUAACGGAGGUCUAUGUAGUGUUUCUCCAUUGACAAAUACUUACGUUUGUUCAUGUACUCAAUUAUAUUAUGGAAAACAAUGUGAAUUUUUGCAUCAAUGUUAUUAUCAACCAUCCGUUUGUCAGAAUGGUGGUACAUGUUUACCUGGUAUUAAUGGUGCUUAUUCAUGUCAAUGUCCAUCGUCAUAUUCAGGAAUUAACUGUGAACAAUAUAUUCAACCAACAACUAUUUGCUCAUCGAUGCCAUGUAAGAAUGGUGCAACAUGUUUAUCUCUGAAUGGUAAUACAAAUUAUUAUUGUCAAUGUCCACAAGAAUAUACUGGACCUACAUGUAGUACAGUCGUUACAGUUUGUCCUGUUGAUUAUUGUAAAAAUAAUGGUCAAUGUAUAUUUGAUUAUACACUUAAUCGAUUAAGAUGUGCUUGUCCAAGUACAUUUGGUGGUCAAUAUUGUGAAAUUCCAAUAGGUCAAGCAAAUGCAUGUGCAAGUUUUCCUUGUUAUAAUAAUGGUAGUUGUACACCAGCUGGUGCUUCUUUUCUAUGUACUUGUAAAGAACCAUUCAGUGGUAAUCAAUGUCAAUUUAAGAAUAAUACUACACUGUGUGCAUCGUUACCUUGUAAAAAUAAUGGCGUUUGUGUGGAUCUUGGUAAUACCUUUCAUUGUCGAUGUUCAUCAGGUUUUCAAGGAAAGACAUGUGAAAUACCUACGACUACUAAUUGUUAUGGUAAUAAUCCGUGUAUGAAUGGUGGCAUAUGUGUUCCAAGUGGAAAUGCGUAUUAUUGUAAGUGUCCAUCAGGUUAUACUGGAUCACGAUGUGAAGAUCAAACAACUUUACCAGAUAGACCUUGUGGUAUAAGUCCUGCUAUAUGUCAACAAGGCGGCACUUGUAUGGUACUUAAUAAUGCACUCUUCUGUAUAUGUCCAUCACCUUUUACGGGACCAACUUGUCAACAAGUUAUACAAACUGAACCGAAUUCCAUUUGUAAUAUUAUUCCGGGUAGAUGUCAAAAUGGUGGAACAUGUGUACCAGUUGGAGUAAAUGCAUUUACUUGUCAAUGUAUGCCAGGAUAUACAGGAUUAAGUUGUGAAACGUUUACUAAUCCAACAAGUAAUUGUUUUAGUAAUCCAUCGGUUUGUGUAAAUGGAGGCCAAUGUCUUUUUGUUGGAAAUUCAUACCAAUGCGUUUGUCCUAGUGGUUUUAAUGGACCAUUUUGUGAAACAUCAUCCUUAUGUAAUACAUUAACAUGUUCGAAUGGUGGUACAUGUGUGACAGUAUCAGGUGGAACUGGUUGGAUAUGUAUUUGUCCAUCAGGAUUUACAGGAGAUCGAUGUCAAAAUAUGAAUAGUAUGUCUCAAUGUUCUUUACAACCUUGUCGAAAUGGGGCUACUUGUGUAGAUGGUCCAUUUACAUAUACUUGUAAAUGUCCUUAUCCAUUCAGUGGACAACAAUGUCAAUACGUAUCUACAGUUCAAUCACCCUGUGAUGGAAAUCCAUGUGUGAAUUCUGGUAAAUGUAAUCGGGUUGGUGAUACUUAUACUUGUACAUGUCCUCCGGGUUAUACAGGACGAACAUGUGAAAUAAAUGUUCGACCAGCUACUUGUACCAUCAAUUGUUCACCAGGUUAUUGUUUUUCAAAUCCAAAUACUCAACCACCAUAUGCUUGUUAUUGUCCCGAUGAUACAGUUCAAUUAAGAUCAUGUAUUACUUAA